AUGAGCGAUCUCGAAGACGCAUCGCUAGAUGCAUUCAUCUAUCGCUGGCUUAACACGUUCACUAACCCAUUAUUGCAAUACUGCCAAGCCGACACUCAAGGGCCGUUUUGCGAUAAACGAAAACGGGAUUUCCGUAAAAUGCCGACACCUCAAAAUUCUGCAUCUACGCCGACUCGUGUGGGCUCACCUGCUAAAAGAGCGCGUAUUGAUGACGCGACUGAUGACCCAUCUGUCGACCAAUAUAUCACUCAUCUACCACGUGACAAUCUAUUCGACGCCGACAAGACGCCCAAUGCUUCAGACCGAGGUAGAACUAUUCCUGUGUAUAAUUUGCCUCCUCGACGAAAUACACAAACUCUCAGCCAAUCAUCCUCCAAUGUAUCUUCGCACCGAUCUCCAUCACGAGCAUCAAGCAACAGAUCUGGAAGUCCUAUCAAACAAUCCACCCUCGAGCUUCUUAAAAAACCCGUUCGCUAUACCACCAUUAAAGACGAUCUAAUUGAGCAGCUUCCUCACGAUGUCGUCUCUCUUUUUGACGAAAUCAACAGUAUCACUGUGCAUAAAGAGAGGUUUCUCCCUAGCUCCCUUUAUUCAGAGUUGGAAACGCUUCAUCGUAAAGGUACGAUCAGACGUGGUUGGUAUUUUGAGGUCGGUGAUGAUGCAGACAAGAAAACACAGUACAAGGCUGAGUUCACUGCGCUGUGCGAUCUCGAAGAAGCUGCCAAGACUGUUAGCGAUCAGGAGGCUUGUGAAGCGACGUGGAACCUCGAGGUCCACGCUCCGCUGCUCAAGCUGGCUUUCAAUGCUUUCCCCUCUAUUCAUCGACAUCUUCUCACUUCAGCGCGCAUCAGCAAACCUUUUCUGCCCGAAAUACGGGUCGAUACGCCGUAUAAUUACUCGCGUCCUAAGAUGAUAGAUUUAGGCAUUCGCAUAUGUCCACCGCCACACCUUUCAAAAAUCAUCCAGAAACAAAUCAUUGGCUUACCAGAGAGAGAACGCUGCCUCAAUCAGACUGUCUAUGGGCCAGUCAGACACGAUCCUAUUGCUAUGGUCAUUGAAACCAAGAUCGCAAGAGGAGACUUGGAUGAGGCGAGACUACAGUUGGGGAUCUGGGUCGCAUCAUGGCAUCAACGCAUGAAGAUGCUUAUUGGAACAUCCUUAGAUAAGCCUUUGGUGACGCUGCCUUUGAUUAUCGUCAUAGAGCACAAAUGGCGCUUGCUGUUUGCCUGCGAUAAGAAGGAUCAAAUAGUGAUUCUCCAAGACUUGGAAAUUGGGACCACAGAUAAUCUCAUGGGACUCUACACUAUUAUAGCAACUUUGCGAGCAAUAGGCGCAUGGAUGCAGAAUACAUAUAUGUCGUGGCUUGAAGACACGGUGAGGCAUCUGAAUUGUCAGUGA